GGUGUUGGUCUAGUCAAGUGUACCAACCAGCUCGUACUGUUCAGCCCCAUGAAUGCUUCAACAUGUCCUUCGCAUCGGAGUGCGAAGGAAAUCAAGUGCACCUUUUCGCGUGCUCCGUGCGCUGAACACGCCAGAUACGCAAGAUGCGUUGAACCAAACUACUAUAGUAGAGGAUCAGGACGCGAACGGCAAUCGCGACAAUUAUGAUCCUUUCGAGCCAAAAGAUGGACCUGGCCGUUUCGCUGAUUCUAAACGUCGUGCAGAAAUAGUCCUGGGAGCAUCAGAUACUCGAGCUGUUUUCACUCCUCCGUCCCAGGCAAACUCUCCCCUUUCAUCGCGGGAGAAGGCGAUUAUUGGCAAUAGUGGUGACGACGCCCACAAACAUAGACAGCCAUCUCGUCGCGUACGUAACAGCACGAUGGCGCCGACCUUGUACUCCGUUUUCUUAGACGUCGACACAUUGACGGCCCACGAAAUGGACGCGUCAAAUGGAGAGAAAGGAACGGAAAGUAUAUGGAUUCCGGACGACGAACUACGAGGGAUACUUAAGACAGUAUCGACUAGACCAUCCAAGAGGACACAUAAUAGUUUACUGCAUCCAGUGACCGCUCAAGAACUAGAACUCAGAUUACAUCAAGCCAUGACUUUCAACCCGCUACCCUCGCUAAAUCGGCUCAUUGCUUAUCAUGAUACCUAUCCUGCACUGCACUCCGAGGCAUCAUACAAUUUCCUGGCUCAGCUAGCAAUACGCCAUACAUCAUAUGUUAAAGCAAUCCGACUUCUACGACGUAUGGAAGAGUCAGGAAUCAAGCCUAGCGAAUCCAGUAGGGUACUAUACGUCAGAUCACUGGUGAAGAUUGGCCGUUGGGAACAAGCUUGGACUUUUCUCCGACAGCAGCUUACGUCUGGCGAUGAAAAAACACAUUUACCAUUGAUGCUCGAGCUGCUUGGGCACUGUAACCCAAUCGAAUUUCGAAAUAGACAACCGAGUCCCGAUGCGCUGCACCAAAAUCGGCAGAAUAUCAUUCUCUCUGCUAUUCCUGACCAUCUUCCAUCGACCGGCGCCCCUCCUGUCCAUUUUAUCUUGACAGUCGUGCGUUAUCUGCUUCGGAUUUCUCGUACGGAGACCGCACAAGCUGCAACCCUGGAGUGGAUCUCCAAUUUGCCAAAGCGGUUAACCCUCCCACGUAAACGCCAUUGUUUGCGUCUCCUGCAUUUGCAUCUUAGUUUUUCUGAUAAGACGUUCGCCGCUCACCUCGUUAGCCGAAAGUUUGUCAAUAUAUUUUUUGAACGGAGACCCGAUCUGCAGCCCGAUUCAUCGACGUUAUUUCUACUCCUGCGCAGUUUGACACAAACUAGGGGGAAACAAACUUUUCGUGCGCUUCGGGUUGUACAUGCAUUUUGCAAAAAAUGGGGACCUGACGUGAUCGACAGACGAGUACGGCGACGUGUUGCCUCCAUUGCUCUCCGUGAGGGUCGUCUUAAUGUGGCGCGCAUGUGGUUGGAAGCUGAGGAUCAGGCGUCGCUCCCGAGAAAGAUAACGUCUCUCCAACGUGAAGCUGUUGGCGAGCAAGCUAUCAAGCCACCCCAAAGGGUCCGACGACAGCUUUUCCGAAAACUAAUGCCCGGAAAUUAUAAGGAGGAUCGGAAAUGGAGAUGGGUGAGGAGACGAUUUUGGAAGUUGGAGCAAACCCAAUUGUCAAAUCAAUCUCAAUACCAAGCGACCAUUGUGGACGGUGAGAAAGAGGCAGUAGUACAACCUUCUCCAGAGGAAUAGGUCUUCCUCCGAAGCAACCGGGUUACCAUGUACGCAAGUGAGAAAGAAGUAUCCCUGGCCGCUAGCGGCUUGCAUAGCUUUCGGCUAGAUUACGUCGGUACUAUGCGGGGGG